AUGGCUUCGUCCAUCGCCACGUGUAAUGUUGAUCUGAAUUUUACACGCUACAAAUAUGAAGAAUUUAAAAACACAAAAGCACGAACUGUUCCUUACGAAGAUAUCGAUUACACCAUAUACAAACCAUCUGCUAAUUGCGUGGCUUUUCUAACCAGCAAAGAUCGGAUCAUUCACUGGAUAAAAAUAUUUUAUUAUCGCUACUGCGGCGAAAUAAACAAUCAAGAUGGCGAACGGCAAUUAUUUAAAUCAACUUGGGAAGAACAACUCGCCCAAAACGACUCAUCGAAAUGCGAAAAAAUCACACUAACUCU